UUAAGUAGUAUUUUCUUUUCUAGAAAAGAAUCGGAUCGCGUGAUUCGAAAGAAAAAAGAAGAUGAACAUGCAGUAAAAAAGAUUGAAGUACCAACAGUCUCUUCGGCUAUGUUUUUGCAGUAUAAUGACCAACUUGGUCCACCGUUCCAUGUGAUAAUUGAUACGAACUUUGUGAAUUUUGCAGUAAAAUAUCGAAUCGAUAUAAUACAAGGCCUCAUGGAUUGCUUAUAUGCCAAAGUGACACCGUAUAUAACUGACUGCGUGCUUGGUGAACUCGAGAAAUUGGGUCAUAGGUGCAAGAUUGCAUUAAAAAUAAUAAAAGAUAAUCGUUUUAAACGUUUGACAUGUUCUCAUAAAGGUAUUUAUGCUGAUGACUGUAUUAUUCAGCGAGUUACUCAGCAUAAAUGCUAUAUCGUUGCUACAUGUGAUAAAGAUUUAAAGCGAAGGAUUCGAAAGAUACCUGGUGUUCCUAUAAUGUAUAUUUCUCAACAUCGAUUUUCAAUAGAACGAAUGCCUGAUGCUUUUGGUGCUCCUGCAAAUUGA